AUGAUGAAAUAAAAGAAUCAAUAAAUUGUCUAAAACAAUGACCAAUUAUAAGUAAACUCAAACUUAUCGAACAAAUUUUCAAAAUAAAAUCAAUUUAAAUAAUCCUAACUAAAUCAAGAUGAAGAUGAUUAGUUAUCUAUAUACUUAAGUAGCAAAUAUGAUCAUUCAAAACCGACAUUUCUAAGGACUUUUCCAUAAUAACCUGUUGAUUGUUAAGGAAGCGAAGAUUUCAUGGCUCCAACUAUACUUUCCAAUAUGAUUUCAAACAAAAGUGCAGAAUAAAUAGCGUUUAAGUCUGAACAUAAAAAAUAAUAGUAAUAGACUUAUCGUUAUGAAUCUUCAAAUAUAUCUUACUCUUAAGACUCUGUAAUCAAUUUUUUAUUUAUCACAUUCUUUAGAUAAGAUCUAUUUUGGAAAGUAGGAAGUACAGAUAAAUUAAUUAAGAGAAAGUCAAAAUGAUCAUAAACUAAAUUAAAGUCAAAUUAUUGAAUUUAAUACAUUAUUCAAAAUAUAAUGAUCCAUUAUUAACAAAAGAAUAUAAGGAAUGUAAAAAUCUAUAUUCUAAUGUAUUUAGUAUCACCUUUGAAAUACCAUUAUUAUACUAUGUACAUAUUCCUAUCUACUACAAUUUCAAAUAUUCUGACAUCUAUCUUUAUACCUAUAAUUCAAUUUUUUGAGGUUUCAGAAUAAUUUUAAGUAUUUUCUCAUGUAAUAUUUGGAUUUAAUUUAAUAACCAUUUUUUAAGAUUUAUUUUUUCAAAGAGGUCCAUAUAAGAUGUUUCGUGGAAUCAUCAAAGUUAAUUAUUAGGAUGAAUCAAAAAAAUUCUUAGAUACUAGUAGGAUGUUACUUUUAUUAUUCAAUAAUUUCUUUUAAAUUUCUUAGGAUGUGAAAUUAUUAACUAUUUUAUUAAUGAUGUUUUUAUCAUUGUUGAGAUAGAAUGAAAUAUUUGAAAAUAUUUAUAAAUCAACUCAUCAUUUAAUUUUCAUUUGUUAGCUUUGGGUGACUGUGAUAAUUUCAUUUGCAUGUACAUAUUAAGGUAUUGUAUUAGAAUAAAUAGAGUUUUUUAUUUUGAUGAAGAGAUGCCUCUAUCUAAUAGUAUAGUAUUGGCUAUAUCUUUGCUUACUCAUUGUUCAAAUAUUUGUAAAUUAUUUAAAAUAAUCUACAAUUAGCAAUAGAUAUAUCUAGUAAGAAUUGUUUUUUAAUUUCAAUUUAUAUGAUUAUAUCAUAUGUAUGUCUUGCUUAUACAUCAAUGAUAUUUUAUAUUUGGUUAAAACCUGAUAUAGAAAUUUAAGAAGAGAAAUAGAAAUUACUUAAAGGAUUCGUUGAAAGAUUUAGAGAAAAAUGUGAAAAUGAUGAAUUAUUAAGGAGAUGUUACUCUUACCUUGAAUUUCGAAUUGAUGUAAUAAUGAUUGUUUUUACUAUUUUUAAGGAAGAUUUAAAUAAAGCUAAAGAUUAACUUACUAAAAAAUUGAGUCCAGAUUUAGAGGAUGAAAUAGAUUUAUCAUUGAGAUCUACCAUGAUAGAUAAAAUAGAAUUAAUGAAUAGGUUUUCACCUCAUUUUAAAUAAUAGUUAUUAUAUGAAAUAGAAUAAGUGUAAUUUAAUCCUGAAGAUAACAUUAUAAUAGUAUUAAAAUUUUUAAUAAAAAAAGGAGCAUUAAAUAGAAGAUUUAGGAUUAUUCUACAUUUUAAAAGGCUAAGUGAAAGUUUAAUUUUAAGGUUCUUCUUUUGGAACAACAAAUAAAAGAGAAGUAGCAACUUUAUAAGAGGGAUAAACAUUUGGAUAAUAUUCAUUUAUAACUGGAAUUCCAUCAAACAUCAGCAUUUUUAGUUCAGGAUCAACAAUAUUAAUGAAACUGAAAAGAUCGAAUUUUACAUCCAUAAUAUCUAACUAUCCUAAUGACAAUGAAAUAUUUUGCACCAUGAAGGAUAAUGCAUUUUAUAAUUAAAAAAUAUUUGAAUGUUAUUAUUGCAAAAUCAGUGGACAUUAUAUUAUUGAAUGCAAACAUAUCUAAUACUUUCCAUAGAGAUUAAAUACAAUAGAAAAAUAUUUAUAUACAGAAAAAUAAUUCAGAUAAUAAUGGACUAGAAAAUAUCGUAAAUGUUUUGCUUGGUAAGAUCUAAGUUUAAAUUAAGAUAAGGCAAAAUUAUACUUUAAUAAAUAAAGUUAAGAAUAAAUAUCUGAAGAAUUACCAGAUAUUUCGUAAUUGCCAUAUUCUGAAAGUAAAUAUUUUAAAUAUUUUAGAUUAAACAUAUUAAUCUGUCAGUUUUAUUAGUAAUUCAUUAGGUUAAAAAAACUAAAGUCCUGAAUAAUAUUAAACAUACAGUAAUGUAGAGAGUUUUGAAUAAAUUAAUAUAGAAUAAGAAUAUUAGGAUGAAUAAACUAUACCUUUUUAAGAAAAUUAAGUUAAAAAUAUUCGUAAGAAUUCAAAUAAGAAUACUUUAAAAACUGCUGGAUUUGCAGUUGAAUAAAAUCAAAUCAACAAUUUAUCACUUGUAGAAAAAGAUGAUAAAGACAUUUUAAGUCAAUUAGAACAUUAAAUGAAUAAAGAAAAAACAAUAGUAUAUUAAACAUCUAGAAAUUAUCAUGGAAAUAAAUUGACUUUUCAAUAUUAAAAAGAAUAAUCACAUGAUUUAAUCAAAACAGAUGCUUAUUAAUAACAAUAAUCAUUAGGAGUUUAUUAAUAACAAUCUAAUCUGAAAUCAUCAAUUAGGUAGACUUCUAAUAGAUCUAAUACUUACUCGAAUUCACACUCAAAAGAUAUUUCAAAUAAUCCAUCUUCAAACUCUAGAUAAAAUAGAUCAUUAAGAUAAUCUAUGUAAUCAAGUUAAGAUAGAGUAAUGGAAUAAACAGGUACUAGAAAAGUUAAUAGUUCAAGAUCUUUAACAGAAUAAAAUAGGCUCAAGAGUUUAAAGUCUGGAACUAAGAGCACUCCAAAUUAAAUGUCUUAAUUCCAAGCUUUAACAAGUCCUGAAGUAAAUUAAAUUUAUAAAAUUAGAAUUAAGGAUAUUACUUGAAUGACAUAUUAUUUAAUAAAUUCGAAAAAAUGUGUGAAUUCAAGAUUUAUAAUCCUCAUAAUAAUUACAAUCUAGUUAUAAAUAGAUAUACAAAAUAUAUUGAAUCAAUGAGAAGCAACCAUUUUAAUAGAAAAAAACAUUUAGGCACUCAAUCCUAUUCUAUUAGAUGUUUUGUUGCUUCUAAAAUUAGAAAAGUUAAAAAGUUACUUUGA